CAUCAUCUCCUUCUCUUCUCUUUCCUCUCUGUAAAACUCUCUAGAAACUAUUCAUUCCUUGCUUCCCCUUUAAAUCACAAGAUCCCCAUCUGCUUUCUUUCUCUUUUGCUCUUUGUUUCUUCUCUGUGGUUGAAAAAGAUUUUGCGGGAGGGAUAAAGUUUCAAUCUUUAAUCUCUUUUCCAUCAAGAUUUCGCUUCAAAAUGUCGGAGUCUUGUAAACCCAUUUCGGAAUUAGGGUUUACCACACUCUCCGAUCGUCUUCGGAACUCACUCACCUGCAAUGGCGACACCACCAAUAAACCCGACUUCCGAGAACUUGAUUUUGCUCCUGGGUCGGCUCCGGCUUCACCCAUUUCACCUUUAACAGUUCGACCCACAAUCAGCACCAGCUCAAGCUCAUCCGGGACGCUCUCGGGUCGAACCGGAAAUGGGUCAGUUUCGGGUCGAACCGGAACCGGUACUAGAAUAUCAGACUCCGGCGAGUUGUCGGUUGACAGUUCACCGACAUUUUCGGUUUCCGGCUCGAGAGGCGUCAAACCGGGUCAUACCCGGUCCGAAUCCGGGUCGUCAAUAUAUUCCGGCGGGAGCUCAGCCACUUCUCCGCCGGUCAACGUGCUUCCGGCUGGCAAUAUUUGCCGGUCCGUGAGGGUUUUAAAAACGGGUAUGAUGUCAAAUCGGAGCUCCAAACCCGAAGUGUUUGGCUUAGGAACCGGUAAUUAUGGUCAUGGUAGCAUAAUGCGCGGUGGGUCCGGCUCCGGCGCCGCUGCCGCUACCGGAGGUAAAGGGGAACCUUUUCCGGCCGGUUUAAGUUCGAAAAGGGUGUCAAUGGAUCCGGAAGAUUUGAAGAAAUUAGGGAAUGAAGAGUAUAAAAAGGGGCAUUUUUUAGAGGCUUUGAGUUUUUAUGAUAGAGCAAUAUCUUUAUCCCCUGUGAAUGCAGCCUACCAUUGUAACCGUGCAGCCGCAUUGAUGGGUUUGAAGAGGUUGAGUGAAGCUGUUAAAGAAUGUGACGAAGCUAUAAGAUUGGAUUCUGGGUAUGUGAGAGCUCAUCAUCGGUUAGGUUCUCUUCUUGUUAGUUUAGGACAGGUUGAAAAUGCAAGGAGGCACCUUCAUUUUAAGGAGUACCAACCCGACCCGAACGAGGCCCAAAAGUUGCAAUUAGUAGAAAAGCACUUAAACGCGUGUAUGAACUCUAGAAGGGUCCGAGACUGGGGCUGUGUGUUAAGGGAAGCCGGUGGUGCUAUUUCAUGUGGAGCAGACGCUUGUCCUCAGCUAUUCGCAUGCAAAGCUGAAGCAUUGUUGAAGCUCCAUCGAUUAGAUGAUGCUGAUUCAGUUCUUUCACAUGCGCCUAAAUUCGACUCAACUACUAGCCCGUCUUGUUCUCAAGCGAAGUUUUUCGGGAUGCAAUCUGAAGCGUACAUUUUGUUUACUCGCGCUCAGAUUGACAUGGCAUUGGGAAGAUUCGAGAGCGCGGCUGCUUCUAUCGAGAAAUCAAUACAAAUUGAUCCUAGAAACGUGGAGGUUGCGGUUUUGCUUCAAAACAUAAGGUCUUUGUGUAGAGCCCGGGCUCGUGGCAAUGAUUUGUUUAAAUCCGAACGAUUCACCGAAGCCUGUUCGGCUUACGGCGAAGGGCUUAAAUUUGAUCCCUCAAAUUCAAUUUUGUACUGCAAUCGUGCAGCUUGUUGGUUUAAACUCGGGCAAUUUGAAAGAUCUCUUGAUGAUUGUAAUCAAGCCCUUCUUAAUCAUCCAAAUUAUACAAAAGCUCUUCUUCGUAGAGCCGCUACAUACACCAAGCUUGAAAGGUGGGCUGAAUCAGUAAGCGAUUACGAGGUUUUGAGGAGAGAGCUUCCGGAUAAUAAUGACAUAGCCGAAUCUUUAUUUCAUGCGCAAGUGGCUUUAAAGAAAUCGCGAGGGGAAGAAGUGUAUAAUUUGAAAUUUGGUGGUGAAGUUGAACUGAUUAAUAAUCUUGAACAGUUCAAAGCUGCAGUUGCUUCAACUGGAGCCUCUGUUGUUCUUUUUAAAACAACAUCUGAUCUUCAAUGCAACCAGAUAUCCCCGUUUCUAGACACCUUAUGCAUUCGAUAUCCAUCUAUAAGUUUUCUCAAGGUUGAUAUCGAAGAGAGCGCCGCAAUUGCAAAUUUUGAGAAUAUAAGAAUUGUACCAACAAUCAAGAUUUACAAAAAGAGUAAUCGAAUGAAGGAAAUGGUCUGCCCAUCUCGAGAAGUAUUGGAAUCCUCUGUCCGCCAUUAUAGCUUCUAAACGAAUCCAAUUGUCAUCGGUGAAUGAAGGGCAUAGUUGUAAUUUCCCCUCCUUCCGAUCAUCAACCUCCUGUAUCGAAACUACAUAAAGAACACAAUAAUCAUAUCAUCAAGAGCCAAUCUUUCUUAGCCAACGCCUGUGGGAACUAGAGAAGGUUAGAUUAGUAAUUUACCUUAAUCUUCAGAAAGCCAUUAUCAAUAGCCUUCAUUAUUCUUUUCUUAUCAAGAUGCUAGUGUUUUUAGAAUUCCCAAUUUACCCCCACUAUCAUAAGCCUAUCAUUCCCUAUUCUGUUGUGUCUUCUUCCAUUUCCGGUAGCCUGUUCCAAUGUAAAUUACAAGUGGGCUUUUCUGGAUAUAGAUAUGCCCUCUGUGUGUGUAUAUAUAUAUGUGAAGAUGAAGAUAUAUACAAAAUGAAAAAAGAAAAAAUUUGGAGGAAGAGUUUGGAUGGAUAGGCCUUAGGUGUACUGGAUUUAGUUAAUACUUAGGGGGUUUCUUUUUUGUUAAACAUUUCAUCAAUAAAUAAAUUUUUCUCUUUUUUAUU